CUCGGUGAAAUGUUGGACAUUCUAGGUUUCUGGUUGAUUCUCUACCUUUUUGAACUCAGCCAAGGGCGUUCUGUAGGCGGUGGGUGGGGCAACUUUGAUGAGCAGGAGGAGUUUCCAGCACCUCAGCCCGAUCCCACAAUCUUUCUCUACAAUCAGACUGAUAAGGAAUUACUCUAUGACAAUAGUUGGCGUUAACAUACAUAUUUGAAAAUAACACAUAUGGUUAAUAAAUAGAUUAAUUAUUUCAUCGUAA